CUAUUUUCUAUUUUGGAACUUUCCCCAACCACAACCUCAUCUUUCUCACAAUUCGGUUCACAAUUUCACUCUAUUCUACCCCUCUUUCAAAGUCAAGUAAAACAUCAUGAAGCCUGCUGCAUGGAACGUUUUUGCCGCUCUCCUAUUGGUAGGCGACGUGUCAUCGCAGCCGCGAGGUGGUAUCACCAAUGGAAGAGUUGGUGGCCUUCGACAGUUGCAAGGAAUGCCGAUGUCCAUGACGGGCAUGGCAGCCGCCAUGACAGGCAUGGGAGGAGACAUGGGUAUGGGCGGCGUCCAGGCCUCUUCUUUCGAAGACAUCGAAGUUGACUCCGAGGAGGAAGUCGAAGCAGACGAAUUCGAAGGCGUCCUCGAAGAAGCACAGGGAGCACCCGCAAAUGCCACAAUGCCCAGUACUAAUAUGACUGAUGUUGUGCCUGAGCUCGUGGUCUUGUCUGCAGAGGGAGACGAAGAAGAAAGCAAAGAAGACGACGAACUCAUACCGGUAGCAGUGGACAACGACGACUACAUGGACCAGGACCCUGAAAACGAUGACUAGCUAGCUAGCGAGCUACUACCCAUCGGUUCUGCUGUAGGAGAGGUUGAAGCCUUGCUGGAAGACAACCUCUUUGCAUUGCCCUGGCGUUGUUUUGGCUCUAUUGCGGUUGGCGGACCCGCCCUUGCCAAGGCGACCAGCGGCGCUGACGAAUGAGCAACUAGAGGUUGCUUGCAUGCUUUAUCCGUGCGGUCAUAAGGCAACCAACGAAUCGAAUUUAUAAUCUGUCUAGUAGAAGGUGCAUUUUUGGUAUCAAUAAAUUAAGUUGUUUAUGAGUCUAGACUAGCUAGCUCCCAAAUGGGUCUGAUGUCCUUGUUUCAACUUUGC